AUGAUGUCAUCCAAAAUUUUAGCAAAGGAUAGGAAUAUACAAGACGACUCGGCAACAAACAAGGAAGACGAUUUACUCGAAACUAUCGAUAACAAUUCAGUAAGUGAAAGUGAGUCCAUUAUAAUAGAAGGGAAUGAGCCUGAUAGGUUCAGCCAAAGUACAGAAUUUCAUAAGUAUAAUAGAAAUAAAUUGGGAGACGAAGUCUCAAGCAUAAUAGAAGAGAGUCUUAAGCAGUUCUCUCAAGGCAAAGAGGUUAUUAUUAAUAACACGAAUUCAUCAAAAGAAUCGGCUGUUAAGAAAAGGCAGAUUACAGAAGCUCUAGAGCAUAUGACAAACGCUUUUACAUUAAUGCUCUCACAUCUUUCACAAAGAGCUGGCGAAUCAAAGAUCGAAACCAAACUAGCUGAACUAGAAACCAGCAUAUUAAGAAUAAAUGAGAAAUUGGACACAAAUGUGAGACCUUCCUAUGCUGAAGUGACUGCCCCCACAGCAAAAGCCCCCAGAAUCCCUAUUGGGGGGGGAAAGACCGCAGUUCCUACAAAAGAUGAGGUGAUAUUGGUAUACCCAAAGGAAGGAAAUAGUUUGUUUAAAUCGAGCAAAGACACAAGAGACGCCCUAUUUAGUAUACCUGCUACCCAUGCAGGAAUUAAAGCCAAGAGACUUUUCCCCAUAAAUGGAAAUGGAGUCAAAAUAGUCGCAGCAGAAUCAAACUUGAAUUUGCAGGCUUUUGAAGAGGCUGGAUUGGAGGUUAAAAAGACCUCUAAAUUUAAACCUAGACUAGCAAUUAUAGGCGUUCCUGCUGAAUGGGACAGUGGUAAAUUAGAAACAAAAAUAAAGGAGGAUAUUACUCCAAAAGCUGCACACCCGAUUGACGUUUUAGCAAAAUUUAAAUUUGGGAGUAAGGAAUCUACUGAGCAUACUUGGAUAAUUGAGGUAGAUUAUAAAACCAGAGAGACCAUGUUGGCCAAGGGCAGGCUAUACCUUGAAUGGACAUCUUGUUUUGUGAGAGACCACGUGAGAGUGAUACGAUGUUACAAAUGUCAAGGAUAUGGACAUAUGGCAAACAAGUGUCGAAAUAAAUGCCAAAGAAUCGUGGGAAUAAAUAUGGAUAAUCAAAUUAAUGAAAAUGAAAAUGAAGAAGGUGAACAGACGGUAUGCGGAGAAAUUAGGGAAAGGGUGGAGCAAACGGUGACAGUGUCGAAGGACAUAAAGAAAUUUGUGUUGGAUGAUUCCAACAAAAUUUCUAAAGUGGCUUCGUCAUAUAUUCUAGACAAGGUAGCGGUAAUGGAGGAAAUAAUAGGAAAACUGAUAGCGGAGAGAGCGGAAGCUAGGGGUAGGACGGAGGAAUGCAGAGCGUUAAUAAAAUUAAUGGCGGCGAUGCCUAGUGUGAGUAGCACACCGGUAUCACAGGCUAGUACGAGCAGUAAGGUGGUACAGCCUGCGAAACAGAAGGUGGAAGUAAAGACUUUUGCGGUUGCGGUGAAAAGCGAUAAAGGUGAGAAAGUAGAAGAUAUAAUGAAGAAGGUAGAUGAAAUGAGUAGGGACUUGAAGACGGUGAGAGUAAGGAGAGUGAGAAAAAUAAAGGAUGGUGUAGUUAUAGAAGCAGCAACUCAGGAAGAUGCUGAAAAUAUACGGACAAAUGUGAAAGGGAAGAAUUUAAAAAUUGCGGAAGUAAUAAAAAUGAAUCCAAAGGUAAUGAUAUUUGAUGUGCCGAAGGAUGUAACAGAUGCGGAAUUAUUGGAGGAUUUGUACAAUAAGAACGGAAUGUCUAGGGUGACAGUGGAAGAUUUUAACAAAUGGGUUAAAGUAGAGAGUCGGAAGAAAAUGAGGCACGAAUUGGAUAACGUAAUAUUGAAUUUAAAUGAAGAGAUUGCGGAAUAUUGGAUAGGAAAAGGAUAUGUAUAUGUAGGGUGGAAGUCUUGUAAAGUGAAGGAGGUUGAUAUUGUGAAGAGAUGUUUUAAAUGUUGCAGUGUGCAUCUUAGGGCGGAUCAGUGCAAGGAAAGAGGCAACCACGGGGCACUACGACCAAGGGAAAUGUCAGGAAACAAGAAGGAGGGAGUCCAGCCAUCCCUGACGACACCCACACAGGGUCCAACUAACACCGCCAGUGGCCCUGGUCCGCUAAGGAGAGAGGGAACAAAAGUGAACCCAAGGAGGGUAAGUUUUUCUGCCACUCCACCCUCUCUCCAAGCAAACCCGCAUCCGCACCGGUGUCCAAAGUGCGGACACGGUUGCGAGACCAAUGGGGGGCUGCAGAAGCAUAUGAUGCUAUGCAUAACACGUGACACGUCAAAGUGUCAAUUCAGCGAGAGAACCUUCCCCACGUUCCAGGGGGUAAGGCAGCACGAAAAGAAAGCGCAUCCAGACCUAUAUGCGGAGGAAAUGGAAGAUAGCCUGCCGAGGCCGGAACACGAGCUUUACGAGAUCCUUGCGGCCAUAGAGGUCUCCACCUUGAAGGGUAAACCGUUCGUAAAAGAAAUAGAAAAAGCCACCGGCCUCCCUAGCCAUCAGAUCCGCCACAAGCGGGAUAAAACGAUAUACACAGAAUAUCUCGCACGUGUACUACCCCUGGAACGGGAGGUCCCAGCAGUGCUGCCCAUAGCCAGUAGCCCCGGGAUACACUUUUCUCGAAUCCCAGGACCCUCCACUGGGAGGAUACCAUGGGCAGCACCAGUCACUACCAGCGACAGCGAAGACUCGUGGAAUGAUCCUCCCCAAAUAGAGCUAACAUCUAAGAAGCGUUUGCGGCAAGCGGAUACCCCGUCACCGGGGGCACAAGCGCCCCCAAGAAGACCGCGAGUCGAGUACUCGACAACAGCAAGUCAAGAUCCCUUCCCACUUCCACCAGAAGUUCGUCAGUUGAGUGAGUCCCCACUGGCUGCUCCAGAAGUGAUUGAGAUCACUACCAGCCCACACGUGAUGGAUGAGCAGCCAGAGGAACCCACCAUCGAUCCCGACCCCUACAGAUAUCUCCUUUCGUCGAAGGAUGAGAACUUCGAGAAGAGGAAGACCACUCGACCUGGGAGGAGGGCCGCUGUGCCGCCUGACACACAAGCGGUGGAGGUGCGUCCCGGGAGCAACCCCGGGGCGCGCUCCUCGGCCGCAGGUUGUCAGGCAAAGGGCAGAGGUAAAAGUACACGGAAAGCAAGGCAUUACGGCCAGCAGUCCACAGGAAACAAUCCUAAAGCAGCCCAGUACAAAAAAACUCAGGAUCUGUUCAAUGAGAACAAAAGCCAGAUAUUACGAUCAGCAGACCGCCUCAUAAAGCGGUUCGCUAAACAUAUUCUCCACUUAAAUGAGCACACCCCUGACGCGGCACUUCAUGCCAAAAUCAGGGACGGUGGCCUUGGUAUUUCGGAGCUUCGACAUUUUAUUCCGGGCGUCUUCCUGAAACGCCUGACCGGGCUUCUUGACCACGUCGACGACCGAUGCUUGAGCGCCGUCCUACAGUGUGUCGAAACGCGAGGACUGAUGGAACGACUGAAUACAUUGAAAGGCGACGUUCCAAAUGAUCAUCUGUGGCGAGACCGUCUAAUGCAGGCGCCCACAUUGAAAGGUCUCGAAAAUUCCACAGAUGAUCCCGCCAGUAGGAGCUGGAUAGACCAGAAGUCACAAGGAUGGACAGGCCGAGACUUUGUCAGAGCCGUGCAACUGAGAUCUAACAACCUGCCCGUAGCGGGCAUCAUGUCCAACCCGCCGGAUAUGCGGAAAUGCAGGGCCGGUUGUGACAAAGUUGAAAGCCUGUCCCACGUCCUACAACAGUGUCCCGCCACACACUGGGAGAGGAUCAGGCGUCAUAACGAGGUAGUCAAGAAGGUCGCCGGGCAUUGCAGGAAGAAGCAAUGGACGACCUAG